AUGGCACCUUCUCAUAACAGCCAUCCGUCAACUAAAGCAUUGCAUGCAGACGAUGCUCUAAACCAAGUGUCUGAUGUUGCUCCUCCAAUUCACCUCUCAACAAUCUUCCGAUAUCCCAAUGACCCAGAGCAACUUGUACCAUCCGAAGAUCCCGUCGAUGAGUUCAACGGCAAGAAUUACGUCUAUUCCCGCGAAUUUGCACCAAACCCAACCCGCUUUGAAGCAGUCCUCUCCUCCCUGAUAGGUGGUACGGCUGUGAGCUACUCGACCGGGCUUGCUGCACUUCAUGCCGCUCUAACAUUAUUGAAUCCGCGCCGCAUCUCCGUCGGCGAGGGAUACCAUGGCAGUCACGAGGUCAUUGCAGUCGUGUCCCGUCUAUCUGGUCUGCAAAAGCUACCACUCGAUUGUCCAGCCGAGAGCCUUAGUUCAGGUGACGUCAUUUUGCUGGAGACACCCGUCAAUCCUCUCGGAACGGCGUUCAGCAUCGAGGAAUAUGCCCGCAAAGCGCACGCUCGGGGUGCAUUCCUCGUGGUCGACAGUACCUUUGGUCCUCCUGGCUUGCAAGAUCCGUUCCUGUGGGGCGCCGAUAUAGUCAUGCACUCGGGAUCGAAGUAUUUCGGCGGACACAGCGAUCUCCUCUGUGGUGUUCUAGCAACAAAACGCACCGAUUGGAUCAAGCAGCUCUUCGAGGAUAGAUUGGCUCUUGGAAGUGUGAUGGGAAACAUGGAAAGUUGGCUUGGUAUCCGGAGUCUGCGCACCCUGGAGGUGCGGGUUCAGUGGGCGAGUCAGAAUUCUGCCAAAUUGAUUUCGUGGCUUGACCAUGCGAUGAAGGUCCCUUCGCCUGCUGCUGGGAGUGAGGAUGCUGUGGUCCAGUCUGUCGUACAGAAGAUCUAUCAUGCCAGUAUGCAGGUGCAGGAUGAACCGUGGCUGCAGAAGCAAAUGCCCAAUGGCUUCGGACCUGUGUUCUCCAUCGUCUUGCACAAGGAAGAGUUUGCGAAACAUUUGCCGACCAAGCUGAGCUUCUUCCAGCACGCAACCAGCCUGGGUGGUGUUGAAUCUUUGAUCGAGUGGCGAGCUCUGUCGGAUUCAAGGGUUGAUCGGAAGUUACUGAGGGUCAGCGUUGGGCUGGAGAAUUGGAAGGAUCUGAAGGAUGAUCUGUUCAAGGCUUUCAAGUCGCUCUUGGCUUGA